AUCAUAAUCAGCAAGCAGAAUACCAUGUGCAUGAUCAUAAUCAGCAAGCAGAAUACCAUUGCGGAAGUGCAUGGUAAUUUUGGCACUGAUCACCCUCCAUACUCCGACGCUAUUUUCGAGCAGACGUCUGAGAGGAAGCAGGACUGACUGAUACAAAUACUACCUAACCGAAGUACUAACUUCAGGACUUCAGAAUGUCGCUGAAGAAGUUUGCCACUUUCUUCAUCUUCCUGAUCUGCACAUCAUUCACCCAAGGAUGGUCUUGGGGGAAGCAGCAGAAGGCAAAAGAGGAAGACGGGUGGUCUUGGAAAGCAGUUGCUGGAAUGGGAGCGGGUGCAGCUGUAGCUUUGGUCGCUGCCCCGGCUGUUCUAACUGCGGCUGGCUUCACAUCUGCAGGCAUCGCUGCAGGAUCUGUUGCUGCUAAAGCAAUGUCCGUCGCAGCUACCUACAGUGGAGGAGGAGUUGUGAGCGGGGGUGUGGUUGCCACUCUGCAGUCUGCAGGUGCCGCUGGGAUGGGAGUUGCUGCAAAAACAGUUGUUUGUGCUGCUGGUGGUGUUUUGGGAUAUUUCGGUGGGAAGGAUAAGAAGGACUCACAAGAGGAGUAACAAGAGGAGUAACAAGAGCAGACGCAGGCACUCAGUCUGAAUUAUAUAGCCGCUUUGCUUAUGAAGUUAGACGUUUCACAGCAGCACUAAAGUGAAACCUUGUGAGAAAAUUAGGCAAACACUAAAGCAGGGGUGUCAAGUUUAAGCAUGGAAAUACAAAAAGAAACUAAAUAAAAUCGAUGACGAACGUUUUGACUUUCUCAAUGUCUUUAUUGAAAAUAAAUAUCCUAUCUUUUAAAUGCCUUAAAUUAAACAACUGAAAGAAACAGUAAUAAAACCUCACUCCCUUUGACAAAGACUUAUUCAAAUGUUUGUCUAAUUUUAAGACUGCUGCUUAUCUUACAGUGGUGUGGUUGUAGGGGUGGGAAGCAAUGCUUUAAAAUACUUGUCUUACCUCUCAUUAGCACUAGCAAUGUUAUUAAUGGUCUUUGAUUGUUUUUUGAAGAUAUUUCAAAAUAGGUAAAUACAGUAGCUCCUACUUCCUGGUAAAAAAGAAUUUAAAAAAUCACUUCCUGCUCUGUAGCUCCAUAUCACUCCAAUGGUCUCCCUGCAAUCAGGUCACGUGACCUGCUGCACAGAAGUGAUUAGAUACCAGGAAGAUCCCAAAUUAAAGCAUAAAAAACAAGUAAUGAACCAAAAACACAAGAAAAGGGGCCAGAGAUAGCACUGCUAGUGCUAAUAAGGAGUGAGAAAUAUGAUUUUGAAACCUUAGCACUCAUUUACACUGUACUAAAACUUCUAGUUUCAGUACAGUGGUAUAGCGGUACUAAGCAGUAUCAUGUAGUGUCUGCUGUAAGGGUCAUAUUGUUAAAUUGUGCAUUUUUAUGUGCUGUGCGUUUUACUCAUUAAAAGAACAGAUUGCAAUCAGA